UGAGGUUUGCAGAUUAUCAACAUCUCUGUGUCAAGCUGCUGAAGAGAGAAUCUGCUCUGGUCUAAGGUGUCAUUCGUCACUAUGAGGUUUUUCAUCUCGCUGUGUGUGUCGCUGCUCCUGAUUCAUGGUGAAAUAAGCAGCGGUCAAACAACAGUGCAUACUACUUCCAGCUUUGAUCCAUGUUAUGAAUAUACCACUCUUGAUGAAUACGGGCGAAACAUAAGAAUAAGGUACUACUUUGACCAUAAUGACACCAUGGUUGAAUGGAGCGGCUGGUAUCGGCUGUAUCUGACUGGACAAAGUGCACAGAUGUCUGAGUGGUGUGUGAGUAAUAUGGGCUGUGGUGGUUACACUGGACUGUAUCUCAACGGUUCUCAUCCAACACUUGAGGAUGGAGUGGUGACCCGUGAUGUUUUGGGAGGGGAUAUUUGGUCCAAUCAGUGUGGAAAAUACAGAUCCACGUCCAUCCAAGUCAAAGCCUGUCUAGGAGAUUAUUACGUCUACGAACUCGUCAAGCCAGAUCUGUCGAUCCCCAGACCUUCAUACUGUGCAGUUGCUUUCCCAAGCAUCAGCAGUGACCCCUGCUACAACUAUGAGUCUCUGGAUCGCCCCUGGAGAGCCAACAAUGAAACUGCAGAUUACAUUUGUGAUGAACCUUUUGGCUGGAGUGGCUGGUACAGGCUUUUCUACUAUGGAAUGGACAUCCGGAUGCCAGAAACCUGUGCUACUGGAUUCAGCUGUAACACAUACACAAAUCUGGUACUCGAUGGUCCUCACCCUCAGAUAGAGGAUGGAGUGGUGACCAGAGAAGUCUGUGCUAGUUCUUUCUGGAGCGGCUGCUGUACUAGCAAAUCAAGCCCCAUCAGAGUGAAAGCGUGUCCAGGAAAUUAUUAUGUCUAUGAACUUGUGAAUCCACAAAUGGGGUGUUCAGGAUAUUGCAUAGAUGUCAGCACUAUCUCACAGGUGGUUUCCACUGCAAGUCCACAUAUAAUAACUGGAAUCACCUCCAAUUAUGACCCGUGCAAUAACUACAACACGCUUGACAACUACUGGAGGAGCACAUCUAUUUACAGGUCUGUGUAUAACGAUGUAAAUGGAUAUGAUAACAAUCAUGAAUGGGACGGCUGGUACAGACUCCUCAUGAAUGGAUUGAGUGCUCAGAUGCCUGAAUGGUGUGCCACUUAUAUGGAAUGUGGAGGUGUUACUGCUCUGUGGCUUCAUGGAUCUCAUCCUCAACUGGAAGAUGGAGUUGUUACUCGUGAAGUUUACGGCUGCCGUAAUAAUGAGUGCAAUCGCUACAGAUCCAACCCAAUCCAAGUCAAAGCUUGUGCUGGAGAAUAUUAUGUGUACAAGUUUACCAGGCCUACUCUUUCAAUUCCAGCUCCAAGAUAUUGUGCAGUACUAUCUUUCACCACCCCAAGUGUCGACCCCUGCUACAAUUAUACCAGCCUGGAUGAACCUUGGAAAUCCACUGAUAACUCUUAUUACAAUAACUAUAGAUGUGAUUACACUGAGUGGAAUGGCUGGUACAGGCUGUUCUACAACAAUCAGAGUACUCAGAUGCCAGAAUCAUGUGUGAAUCAGUUCAUGUGUGGCACUUAUAACCCACUGUGGCUGAAUGAAUCCCACCCUCAGCUGGAAGAUGGAGUGGUCCUCCGUCAUGUUUGUGCUUCUGGGUCGAAUGGCUGCUGUACUUACACAUCCCACCCUAUAAGAGUCAAAGCCUGUCCUGGAGAUUAUUAUGUGUAUGAGUUUAAACAGCCGAGAAUUUGCUCAGCUUACUGUGUUGUACCAAAAUCUACAAACCAGUCCAGCACAGGCGUGACAACAACCCAGCCAAUCACAUCCAUAGACUUCAUUAAUCCACCAACCACUGAUCCCCCUGUUGACCCCUGCAAUAACUUCUUGAUCCUGGAUGAGCCAUGGAGAGCCACCAGCAAUGAAAACUCUCAGUUAAUGUGUGACAGAGCGGUGAGCUGGAGCGGCUGGUACCGUCUCUUCAUUAAUGGUCAGAGUGUUCAGAUGCCAGACACAUGUGUUGAUGAGUAUAGCUGCGGCACUGAUGCUCCACUGUGGCUGAGCGGAGGACAUCCAACACUUGAGGAUGGAGUGGUCUCUCGAAAUGUCUGCGGACACUGGGGCAACAACUGCUGCUAUUUCCAGUCCAAUCCCAUUCAAGUCAAAGCCUGUCCUGGAGGUUUUUAUGUCUAUGAGUUUGUGAGGCCGACCACCUGCAAUUUAGCAUACUGUGCAGAUGUGAGGUUUAACACUAGCUAUACAACUGACACACCAGAGACGACCACAACAGAAACAACAGCUGAAAGCACAACUAUUAUAUCUGAUGUCAGAAACCCCUGUCCUGAACUCAACUGCUCCAAAGAGGAAAGGUGUGGGAUGAAAAAUGGUGUUUAUGGCUGUUUAUGUAACAAAGGCCACCAAAAACAGCGAGCAGCUCAAGACUCCUUUGAUUUCAAUGAGACCUGUGAGAGCAGCUCUGGCUCCAUGUCUGUGUCUCGCUGUCAGCUUUUUGAAGCUGGUUUUUCAGCUGAGCACUUACACCUCAAUGACCCCAGCUGCAGAGGAACCGUCCAGAACGGCAGAGUGGAGUUUAACUUCGACAACGAUCAACACAUCUGUGGCACAAACCUUGUGGCCAACGGCAGCCACUUCAUCUACAGUAACUAUAUUGUGGGGACGCCGGGAACAGAAGGUCUCAUCAGCAGAGUGAGAAUCCUGAAGCUUUCUUUCAGCUGUGUUUAUCCUCAAACACAAACACUUUCCAUGAACGCGGAGAUCAACCCAGUGCAGAGCACCGUGCACAAGGUCCUCCCCUCUGGUGAAGGGGUUUAUCAGGUGCGGAUGGUCCCGUAUGUGGAUGAAGAGUUCACUCAGCCCUUCACUGGUAGAGUGGAUGCAGAGCUGGACCAGGAGAUGCAUGUGGAGGUUGGUGUUGAGGGGGUCGACAGCCGCCAGUUUGCCCUGGUGAUGGACACGUGUUGGGCUACACCUGUGAAUGACCCUGAUUACAGUCUCCGCUGGGACCUCAUCACUGAAGGGUGUCCCAAUCCCAAGGACGACACAGUGAAGCUGCUGCAGAACGGCGUCUCCACAAGCAGCCGUUUCUCCUUCAGGAUGUUCAUCUUCACUGCAAACUCCACUAAGCUUUACCUGCACUGUGCUGUUCACCUUUGCCUUCUGUCCAGUGAACAAUGCUCAACGAGCUGUGACUCUGGAGAGCAGCGGAGAGAGCGCAGGGCUCUGGAUCUCCAUGACAGUGCGUCACUAUCUAUGGGUCCUCUAGUGUGGUCUGGAGGAAACACAGAUGUUCAGUUUCUCCCAGACCAAGUGAUGGUUUCUGAGGCUUCUUGUCUGUGUGCUUCUCUGGUGCUGUUGUUCAUUCCUCUGAUGAGUGCCUUGACCCUGUCCUAGUUUACUGACACAGAAAGUGGAACAUUUAGGUUUAUUUAAUGGAUGUGGAACUGGCUGUGGUAUUUCUGAAUUUCAUAAAUAUUGUUUUAUGAGGCACAGAAAUUUACUUGACAGUAUUUUACACUGAUUUCAUAAAUUAUUCAUUCCUUUUCUUGUCGGCUUAGUCCCUUUAUUAAUCCGUGGUCACCAUAGCGGAAU